AUGGGCACCUGCAGCAUCUUCCUCUGCAACCUGUUCCUCUGUGGGGCACUGGAUAAGGAUCUCUGCCACCCCCACACUUCCCCUGCCCCAGCCCAGCUCCCCUGUUACAACACCUGUAGCUUCGCCAAACGCUGCUGCCCUGGCCACGAGUGUCAGGACAAGGGAGCUUGUGGCAUCAGCAUUUCACUUCAGCAGAGUGAGAUCAUUAAACGGAGGGGCUGCCUCCCAAGGGCCCAGGGCCCCCGGCUGGGCCAUCCCACCUACUGGUCAUGCUCCUAUACCCUGUGGCACCACUGCUGCAAGCAGGACUUGUGCCCCAGCCCCCUCCAACUCGCCCACCUGCUCCUCCUUGCAGUCAGCUUCUCCUGGGGAGGUCACAUCCUCUAUUAG